GCCGGGGAGCGGGAGCGGAGUGGCCGCCGCUGGGGGUGAUGCCAUGGCCGCUGCCAGCUCCAGCAGGGCCAGGGCCGGGCUGCCCUGCGAGAAGUCCCCGCUCUCCGUGAAAGUUGUGUCUGUGAAGCCCAAGGCCCAGAGCCGCCCAGCACGGAUGAACUGCUACGUGGAGGUGGCCGGCGACGGGCUGCCCAGCGAGACCAAGAAGACUGGGAAGCAGAUGGGGGUCUCUGAGCUGCUGUGGAACGAGAUCCUCACCCUGAAUGUCACGGCUCAGAGCCACUUGGAGCUGAAGGUGUGGAUCUGUCACACGCUGAGGAACGAGCUGCUGGGCGCCGCCUCCGUCAGCCUGGGCAGCCUGCUCAAGGGCGGUGGCAAACUGGAGAACAGGCAGCUGACCCUGGACCUGCAGACGGAGAACAAAGGCAGCGUUGUGUCUGGCGGGGAGCUGACGAUUUUCCUGGACGGGCCGGCUGUUGCUCUGGGCAGCGUUCCCGACGGCAGCGCCGGCUCGGAGGGGUCCCAGGUGCCUGGACGGGACCCCACCAGCACAGCUGUGGCCACGGAGGGCCGGCACCAACCUCCCAGCACCAACUGCUUUGGCAGCAGAGCGAGGACGCACCGACAUGCAGCCGGAGCAGCCCGGGGAAACACGGGGAGUGGAGAGCAAAGUCCCAGUGCCAGGAGCCGGCACCGGCAGCAGGCCAAGAGCUCACAGCACACCAGCACAGCCACCAGCACGGCCAAUGGCACGGCCACCAGCAUGGCCAAUGGCACAGCCAACGGCACGGCCACCAGCAUGGCCAAUGGCACAGCCAACGGCACGGCCACCAGCAUGGCCAAUGGCACAGCCAACGGCACGGCCACCAGCAUGGCCAAUGGCACAGCCAACGGCACGGCCACCAGCAUGGCCAAUGGCACAGCCAACAGCAUGGCCAAUGGCACAGCCACCAGCAUGGCCAAUGGUGUGGCCACCAGCAUGGCCAACGGCGUGGCCAAUGGCACAGUGAACGGGGACUCCGUGUGUGCCGUGGACAUGGAUGAGGACAGGCCAGCAGCAGGUGCCAGCGUUCCGACCCCGGCGGCAUCCGGCACGGCCGAUGGCUCCACUGCUCCUGCCCUUCCUGCCCUGAGCAGCUCCAGAGAGGCAGAGGAGGCGGCCUCAGCCCCCACUGUUCCCCCAGCCCGGGCAGCCCUGCUUGCCCUGGAUGCUCUGCCCCCCGGGUGGGAGCAGCGGGAGCUGCCCAACGGUAGAGUCUACUAUGUAGACCACAACAACAAAACCACGACGUGGGAGAGACCCCUUCCUCCAGGGUGGGAGAAACGCGUGGAUCCUCGGGGCAGGUAUUAUUACGUGGACCACAACACCCGGACCACCACAUGGCAGCGCCCCACGGCCGAGUACGUCAGGAACUACGAGCAGUGGCAGUCGCAGCGCAACCAGCUGCAAGGGGCCAUGCAGCAGUUCAGCCAGCGCUUCCUGUACCAGUCCUCCGGAGCCCCGUCUGACAAUGAUCCUCUGGGGCCCCUUCCUCCCGGCUGGGAGAAGAGACAGGACAAUGGGCGAGUGUAUUACGUGAACCACAACACCCGGACCACGCAGUGGGAAGACCCUCGCACGCAGGGGAUGAUCCAGGAGCCGCCGCUGCCGCCGGGCUGGGAGAUGAAGUACACAAACGAGAGCGUGCGGUACUUUGUGGACCACAACACCCGCACCACCACCUUCAAGGACCCGCGCCCGGGCUUCGAGUCUGGGAGCAAGCACGGCGGCUCUCCGGGCGCGUACGACCGGAGCUUUCGUUGGAAGUACCACCAGUUCCGCUUCCUCUGCCACUCAAACGCGCUGCCCAGCCACGUGAAGAUCAGUGUGUCUCGGCAGACGCUCUUCGAGGACUCCUUCCAGCAGAUCAUGAACAUGAAGCCGUACGACCUGCGGCGCCGGCUGUACAUCAUCAUGCGAGGGGAGGAGGGCCUGGACUACGGUGGCAUCGCCAGGGAGUGGUUCUUCCUCCUGUCCCACGAGGUGCUCAACCCCAUGUACUGCCUCUUCGAGUACGCGGGCAAGAACAACUACUGCCUGCAGAUCAACCCCGCCUCCUCCAUCAACCCCGACCACCUCACCUACUUCCGCUUCAUCGGCCGCUUCAUCGCCAUGGCUCUGUACCACGGGAAGUUCAUCGAUACCGGCUUCACGCUGCCCUUCUACAAACGGAUGCUGAACAAGCGCCCGACGCUGAAGGACCUGGAGUCCAUCGACCCCGAGUUCUACAACUCCAUCGUCUGGACCAAGGAGAACAGCCUGGAGGAGUGCGGCCUGGAGCUGUACUUCAUCCAGGACAUGGAGAUCCUGGGCAAGGUGACCACCCACGAGCUGAAGGAGGGUGGUGAGAGCAUCCGUGUGACGGAGGAGAACAAGGAGGAGUACAUCAUGCUGCUGACAGACUGGAGGUUCACACGGGGCGUGGAGGAGCAGACCAAGGCGUUCCUGGAUGGCUUCAACGAGGUGGUGCCACUUGAGUGGCUGCGCUACUUCGACGAGAAGGAGCUGGAGCUGAUGCUGUGCGGGAUGCAGGAGAUCGACAUGAACGACUGGCAGAAAAAUACCAUCUACAGGCACUACACCAAGAACAGCAAACAGAUCCAGUGGUUCUGGCAGGUGGUUAAGGAGAUGGACAAUGAGAAGAGGAUCCGGCUGCUGCAGUUCGUGACGGGGACGUGCCGCCUGCCCGUCGGGGGCUUUGCUGAGCUCAUCGGCAGCAACGGGCCCCAGAAGUUCUGCAUCGAUAAAGUUGGCAAAGAGACGUGGCUGCCACGGAGCCACACGUGCUUCAACCGCCUGGAUCUCCCUCCCUACAAGAGCUAUGAACAGCUGAAGGAGAAGCUGCUUUACGCCAUCGAGGAGACGGAAGGGUUUGGACAGGAGUGAUGGAGCUGUGGGGCGUUCCCGGAGCGCUGCUGGCCGGUGCCCAGGGCCGAGCCUUCCCCGGGAUGUGCGCAGGCCCCUAUGGACACUGCGGCUCUUGUUCCUGGGCCAGGUCUGCACUGACAUGGCCCUGGGGGAACGGGGCUGUUUCCCUCCCUAAGGAAAUCCGAGGUGUGAUGGAGAGGAGGACACAAGGGCUUGGCUCGCGAGGGCUGGCACAGAGGGGCUGGGGGGCAGCACAGGGGGCACUGGGGCUCCCCGGCCCCCCUGCAGACACAGCUCCGUGUUUGGUAGAAGCUCUUCUUCCCCCCCCUCCUGUUUUCUGCCUUUUCAUGGCAUUUUGGUAGUGGCAAAUGAGGAGGAAAAUGGCUCUCAGAUUGACUUCUGGGCCCCAUGCUGCAGCCAGCACUCAGUGACAGGGACCCCCACGACGAUGCUUCUGAGGGGCUCUUGCACACCAUCUCAUUGCCAGCACAGCCCCUUCCCAGGCCAGACACACAGCCACUGGAGCCAGAGCCUGGCUGAGUGUCCGUGAUGUGUCCCUAUUUGCAGCCUGUGGCCCCUGGGCAGUUGUACUGAAGUGGUUUCUGCCUGGAGCUGGUGCUCCACAGCAGCCCCGGGGGCUCCGGGCACUGCCAGGCCUUCGCUCGGAUCCUGGGUUCUGCCCACACUCCUGGACAGGCUGCAGUGAGGGCAAGAGCACCUGGAUGUCACUUCUGCCCCUCCCCGUGUGUGCGGGCGACACACCCGGCGUGUCCGUGUGUCCGGGGCCUGUGGAGACGGGACCCGGGAACGGCUCCGGGCUGGGAACCGGCCGGUUCCGCACGGCCCCGCCUGCCCCGCGCGGCUUCGUGUGCAAUAAACAACAAAGCAGCUGCCGAGGUGUGCCUGUGUGCUGGGUCCCUGUGUGUCCUGUAUGUGUGUCCCGUGU